AUGAGAAUAGAAAAUGCCAAAAAAGUAUCAUCCUGGAAGUCGUUGCUGGCUUCGACACAUGGGUUUUGGCAUGCCUACUUUGGAGUUUCUGGAUCCCAAAAUGACCUCAACUUGUUGGGUAAAUCUCCGGUCUUCAACGAUGUAUUGAGAGGCCAAGGUCUCAAUAUCACCUAUCAAGUCAACAAUACAGUCUACCAGACGGGGUAUUAUCUAGCUGACGACAUUUACCCGAGGUGGACCACAUUUGUCAAAUCCAUUCCGAAUCCCCGAUCCCAAAAGCAAAAAUUAUUUGUUACUUAUCAAGAAGGAUAUAGGAAAGAUGUCGAAAGGUGUUUUGGCAUCCUUCAAGCUCGGUGGUUGAUUAUUCGAGGUACGGCCCUUAUGUUUGAUGAGGAGAUCCUCAUAAGCAUUAUGAUGACUUGCAUCAUUCUCCAUAAUAUGAUUGUGGAGGAUGAGUACGAUUAUGAUGCUUUAGAGGUCUACGAACCGGAUCCAAUGAACACGCCCUUGACACAGAUUUAUGAAAGGCCCAUAGGGCCAAGUGGAGAACCGUUUCAGCCGGAACUGUUGGUGAGGGAUGGUCGUUUCAUGACCCGGAUGACAGAUCGAUAUACAAAGAUGCAAUCUUCGUAUAUUCAUGAAAGGCGUCAACUUGACUUGAUGGAGCAUCUAUGGCGGUGA